AUGGGUAUUUCGAAAAGGCUCGCACUUUUUGUAGCCUUUGUGCUUUUUUUCUGGUGUUAUGAUCGAGUGCAGUGCGAUGAGGGAGCUAUGAGAGGAGCUCCCAGCGGGGCCACCCCCCCCAACGAGGAGAAGGCGGGCAUAGCGGCCAACUCGGGGAUCGCAGCUACCACCCCGGGGAACGGAGCUACCACCCCCGGGGGAGAAGGCAAAGAUAAAGGCCAAGAAGGCAGUGCAAAUUUAAAGGGCGGCGCUUCCAAGGAGCAAGCCGCGAAGGGGGAGACAGCCACCUCUCCGGCAAGUGGCGCAGAAGGAGCACAGGCACAGACGACCUUUUUGCAGAGCAACGAGAGGCAGCAGGCGAGCAAGGAUGGCGGAGCGAACAAGGAUAAUGCGAACAGUGCGAACAGUGUGAGCAGCGCGACCAACAAGGACAAUGCGAACAGUGUGAACAGCGCGACCGAGGAGGAACACUCCGUGGUUAAGGAAAUGACCCCCAAGGAGGAGCCGCCAAACGAGGGGAGCGCCAAAGGAAAGGACGGCGCGGCGGAGAAGGCUGGAGCGCUUCGCAGCGGGGGAAGCAGUGGUGGAAGCAGCGGUGAGGCGAAAGGCAUAUCAAACGGUGUGACAAACGAUGCGUCAAACGGUGCGUCAAACGGUGCGUCAAACGACGCGUCAAACGGCGCGCCAAAGGAAGAUGCCGCAAGCAAAAGCACCAAGGAGGAGUUCUACGACGAACUGAAGAAACAAAACGAAGAAGAAAAAAAUGCAGACAUGAAUUUUUUGAAAAUAUUAUCCAUCGCAUCAUCCCUUUUUAUGCAGUUAGUGUUAUUCCCUUCUAUUAUUAAAAUGAUAAAGAAGAAAACGACAGGAGAGGUAGAUGGCUUACCCUACGUGGUACUUUUAUUUUCAUCAUUCCUGUGGUUGGUUUAUGGGAUGCUGUUGAAUAACUCUGCUAUUGUUUGUCCCAACUUAGUAGGUCUGGUAUUGGGAGCAUUUUACUCUCUGAUGUAUCACAAAUAUUGCAAGAACAUGUGGCUAAAACAGAAGCUAUUUUCCUAUUACAAGAUCUGUGGCUUUAUAUGCCUUUUGCUUUACGCCUUUCUAUACGUGUUGACUUAUGAGCAGUAUGAGUUAUUCGUUGGAUUUAUGGCAUUCAUUUCGAGUAUAGUUAACUUUGGUGCCCCUUUGUCUUACGUACAGAUAGUGAUUAAAAAGAAGAACUCCUCCCUUAUCCCGUUGGAAAUAGCUACAGGUAGUUUGGUGUGCUCAUUUUUGUGGGUGACCUAUGGGUUUACCAUCAAGGAUGGCUUUGUCAUUGUACCCAACCUCUGUGGAUUUAUCUUAAGUCUGUUACAGAUUGCUUUAAUUUUAUUAUAUUCCAACAAGGAGGCUAUUGUUAAUUAUGAAGAUGGAGAACAGGUUGAUUUUGUGACGGACAGUGGGGGGAUGCAUGUUAGUAGGAAGAAUCGCUACACACCUACAGAGAAUCAUAUUUUUUUGAAUGAUUUUAAUUUGGAUCCAGAAAAUAAGAUGGGGAGUUCCGAA